ACAUAUUAAAGUCAUGCUGGGAUUGUUUAAAGAAUGUGAUUCAGCCCCAGAAGCCUGAGGAUCAAGCUCUUUUUGGUUUAACCGGGGAUUUUUUUUUUUUUUCCUUUCGUGGAGCUACAAUUUACUCACAUAUACAAAGGGAAGAAUAGAUCUGAGCUAUGGUUACUCUGGCAGAGAUAAAGGGUUGGAUAAAGUGAUAGCUCUGAUGUGCUGUGGGGUCUUCGCCUAAGAAGGGCUUUAUGAAAAGCAGCUGCAAAGAUGGUGUGGGCACUAGCAGUUCCGCAUUGUGGAAUCUGAUGGGCAACGCCAUGGUGAUGACGCAAUAUAUCCGCCUUACUCCAGAUAUGCAAAGUAAACAGGGUGCCCUCUGGAACCGGGUGCCAUGUUUCCUGAGAGACUGGGAGUUGCAGGUGCACUUCAAAAUCCAUGGGCAAGGGAAGAAGAAUCUACAUGGGGAUGGCUUGGCAAUCUGGUACACAAAGGAUCGGAUGCAGCCAGGGCCUGUGUUUGGAAACAUGGACAAAUUUGUGGGGCUGGGAGUAUUUGUAGACACCUACCCCAAUGAGGAGAAGCAGCAAGAGGCCCAGAAGAGGCGAUAUUCUCCAGGAGUCCAGCGGGUGUUCCCCUACAUCUCAGCCAUGGUGAACAAUGGCUCCCUCAGCUAUGAUCAUGAGCGGGAUGGGCGGCCAACAGAGCUGGGGGGCUGUACGGCCAUUGUCCGCAAUCUCCAUUAUGACACCUUCCUUGUGAUUCGCUAUGUCAAGAGGCAUUUGACGGUAAUGAUGGACAUCGACGGCAAGCAUGAGUGGAGGGACUGCAUUGAGGUGCCCGGGGUCCGCCUGCCCCGGGGCUACUACUUUGGCACCUCCUCCAUCACCGGGGAUCUCUCAGACAACCAUGACAUCGUUUCCCUGAAGUUAUUUGAGCUGACGGUGGAGAGAACCCCAGAAGAGGAGAAGCUGCAUCGAGACGUGUUCUUGCCCUCGGUGGACAACAUGAAGCUGCCUGAGCUGACAGCCCCGCUGCCGCCCCUAAGUGGCCUGGCUCUCUUCCUCAUUGUCUUCUUCUCUCUGGUGUUUUCCGUGUUUGCCAUUGUCAUUGGGAUCAUACUGUACAACAAGUGGCAGGAACAGAGCCGAAAACGUUUCUACUGAGCCCUCCUGCCGCCACCUCCGCUGUGGCUGUCCCCGUGAGGUGUGGGAGGAACAGGCGCUGGCCUGACCACACAGCCCAGUGGUCUUCUCCAUUCUUCAGCAGCCGGUCAGGGACUGUGUUCUGUCACUGGAGCUUUGAGUUCAGGGACACUGUAUUCCCAUGGUCAUCUGUGAGGACCUCUGACUCUGGUUCCGGAAGCCCACCCACCCCAGGGCAAUGCUGCUGUGAUGUGCCUUUCCCUGCAGUCCGUCCACUGGGAGCUCAGAGGGUGGAGAUAGGAUCUCCUGGUAUGAUGCCAAGAUCACAGAAAAGAACUUCAUAACCCAGGAUGCCUUGGUGUUGGACUCAGGACACCCAUGCUUCUCACUUAAAUCUGCAAAGAAUGGGAAACUCCUCAAACCUUCCCGCCAUCCAUUCAUUGGUUUUUGCUUUUGUCUAAGCCUCUGUCCACCUGAGCAGCUCUCCUUGGAAACCUGGGUGGAAACUUCUCCCUCCUUUUACUGUCCUCUUCACAUGCAGCCUGAGAUCGAGAAGACCUUCCAUGCCUGUCUGUCGGAGCCAGGGCUGCAGAACGAACAUGUUGCACUGACCCUCAUUAGGUGUCCGCGGGGAAGGCUUUCUGCUUUGGCCCGCUGCUCUAGCCUUUGCUUGUCCGCGUGGAUCCUGGAUCUGUUGGCGUGUUUGUGAUCUUCGCAAUGAGCCCUUCCAUUCAGCCCUCAGUCUGUUUGGCUGGAAGUUGGUGUGCAAGUCGAGAGAAGCUUGGAAGAUCCCGUGGAUGAGUGGGCUGAACUGUGACACUGACCUGCUCCAGGUUUUGACACCAGAAGCAACAUUUGCUGAGUGACCCGACCACAUGGAGAUGUUUCUGGACCGACUGGAGCCUGCUUAGCUGCAUGUUUUGUGUCUGUCAUGGUCUUUGGAACCCUACUUUGAGUGUUCAAAAUGUAAGAAAACUUUUUUCUUAUAGUCUCGGCCUGGAUACUCCCCAGGAGGAAAUCGGGCUUCUUUUUCUUAAUGGAUAAGUAAGUUGCUGUUCUCGUGUUGCAAAUCUGGGUCAAUAGGCCUUUGUCAUCUGUGCCUGGAAGAGUUCAUUGUCAUUGAGCAAUAGAGCCUGAGUGUCAUCCUCCAGGGAUUAGCCCUUAUUCACUGCCUAUUGGACAAGGGGUCACACACCGCUCCACUCACCCAUCUGCCUAUGAUGAGAUUGGUUGAAAGAGGGCCCAGAGCUGAGCUCUCCUAGCCUGUGCUUCUGUAGCCUAAGGGAGAUUCGUAAAAUGGCUGAUGGAACCC